AUGACUGUUGUUGAAUCUUCCAUAUUACCUAAGGGCAUCUAUUCCCCAAUUCCUACAUAUUAUAAAAAUGAUGGUAAAUUCUCUUUAGACACAGAAACCCAAGUCAAACAUGCUUUAAUGUUAUAUGAAAGUGGUAUAAACGGGUUGGUUGUUUCUGGAAGCAUGGGUGAAUCAACCAAUAUUUCACCUGCAGAAAGAAACAGUGCUUUGAGAAAUCUCAGACAAGCUAUUCCAGACAAAACUUUUAAGCUUAUUGCAGGUAUGCCUCCUAAUAGUGUUGCAGAAGUCAUCACUGAGUCUGAAGAAAGCAAGAAAAAUGGAGCAGACUUUAUAAUUUUGUUGGUUCCAGGAUACUUUGGACCUAAUUUGAUUAGUCAACAAGGUAUCAUCGACUAUUUCCUAAAUGUCGCUGAUUACACUGCUUUACCUAUUGUCAUUUAUAAUUAUCCAGGCGUCUGUAAUAAUGUCAAUAUCAUGAUUGAAACUUUCGAAACAUUAUCUAAACAUGAAAAUAUUGCUGCUGUCAAGUUAACUCAUUUUAAUUUAGAUAUAUAUACAUUGUUGGGAAAUAAUAAGACUUACGAAACUAAUAACUUUAGACCUUUUACUGGUUUGGGUCAAGUAUUGAUUCCAUCACUUUCAGUUGGUAUGUUUGGUGCUAUUGAUGGUUUAUCGGGUAUAUUUCCAAAGAGUAUGUUAAAGCUUAUGAAAUUGUACGAAGAUGGUGAGAAAGAAAAAGCUCUCCAAUUGCAGUACAUUGUCACCAAGGUUGACUUAAUGAUCAGUGAAUUGAAUGUUGUUGGUGUUAAACAACUUUUGAAAGAAGUUUAUGGUUAUGGAGAAAUUGUGUCGGGUAGACCACCAUUAAGUAAACCAGUUGACUUGAAUGCAUACAAAAAGUAUGAAACCGAUAUCAAAAUAUUAGCUGAAAUUGAAAAAUCUUUGUAG